UUCUCUCUGAUUAUCCUACAUUAUUUGAUGAAUUUAUUAAUAAUACUGAAUGGGACAUAAUUCCUCAACCAAUUGAACUUACUGCUGAGAAACUGAAUAUUCAAAAAGGUCCAAAUGAAAAUUUAAUUACUGAUCAACAAAAUAUCAAUCAACAAAAAAAUAAAUAUUUUAUUGAACAAAUUAGAAAUGAUUUAGAACACAAAAUAAAAAAUCAAGUUCAAUUGAAUUCUUCUUAUCAAG